AAUUAGUUCCUCGAUCGAUUAUCACCAGCAUCUCACUUCGUUCAGAUAUAUAUAGCAAGUCUAAGUCUUAGUUUUUGCUUUUGGAACAUCUCUCUAAUUUCACGAUUGAGCGUACGUGCGCACAAACAAACAAACAAACAAACAAUAUAUGGGUUCUUCCAAUGAUGUCACGGCGAUUCCUCUAAUCGAUGUUGCCCCACUUGUCAAAAAGAUUGAUGAUCCAGACAUGGCAAAUGAUAAGGAUUUGCUACGAGUUGUUCUAACGUUGGACUAUGCUUGCAAGGAGGUUGGAUUCUUUUAUGUGAAAGGCCACGGCAUUUGUGAGAUGCUAAUGAGGGAAGUGAGGGAUGUGUCACACAAAUUCUUUCAGCUUCCACAUGAGGAAAAGAUGAAGAUUAAGAUGACACGUCAAAGUGGGUAUAGAGGGUAUCAAAAGCUAGGAGAGAAUGUUACCAAGGAAAAACGUGAUAUGCACGAAGCAGUCAAUUGCUUGACUCCUAUUGCACCUGGCAAAUACGGAGACCUUGGUAAAACACUUGAAGGAGACAAUCUGUGGCCUGAAUACCCAUCAAAUUUGAAGGUAGUGCUGGAAAACUAUAUCAGCCUUGUCAAAGAUCUGUCAAGGAAGAUCAUGCGAGGUAUAGCUUUGGCAUUGGGUGGGCCUGCUGAUGCCUUUGAAAGGGGAAUAGCAGGAGAUCCUUACUGGGCUCUCAGGCUGGUUAGCUACCCUGUUUCAAGCAGUGAUGAGAAACGCACUGAUGAUACUGGGAUGAUGGGAUCGCACACAGACUACGGACUUGUUACACUGGUUAACCAGGAUGAUGACAUUUGUGCCCUUGAGGUCCAAAAUCGUUCCGGUGUGUGGAUACGUGCCAACCCGAUUCCUGAAACCUUUCUUUGCAACAUCGGUGACAUGCUCCAGGUCUGGUCAAAUGGAAUUUACCAACCCACAGUUCAUAGAGUCAUCAACAGCUCCCAUCAACGCCGCGUUUCUGCUGUGUUUUUCUAUGAGACCGAUUUUGAUGCUGCCGUAGAGCCCGUUGAGUUGUGCGUGGAGAAAACAGGCGGCGUCGCCAAGUAUGACAAGGUCGUGUAUGGGGAGCGUCUGGUUCGGAAGGCCUUCUGCUGCUUUGGCCAUUUAUAGGGCUGGAGAAUAAGUUAUAUUGCUACUGUGAAAACAAAGGGCAUACUAUAUGCAUUGCACACACAAUGAUCUGUUGUUAAACCUAUGUGAUAUAUAUUGUGAAAUAAAGGAACACUUAUUAUA